AGCGCGGCCCGCGCGGCCGCAGCCCCAGCGCCGCCGCCAUGGGCAAGAAGUCGCGCUCGGCCCCGGGUCGCCGGCCCAUCCUGCGGCUCUCCCCGCCCGGGCCCCGCCGCGAGGAGGCUGCGGGGCCGCCGCCGGAAGGGGCCGACUCGGGCUCGGAGCCGGAUGAGCCCGAAGCGCCGGCCGAGCCCCCCCGCAGCGCACCCAACCCGCCGCCCCCCGCGCCCGCCGCCGUCAAGCCCACAGGAGGUUUGUGCCUGCUUGGUGCCUAUGCAGACAGUGAUGAGGAGGAGGGGGAAACCCUGGAGAAAUCCUCCCGUCCCUCCGAUGCCAACGGGAACAGCUCUGCCGACAUCGACAGCACCCUGGCGAACUUCCUGGCGGAGAUCGACGCCAUCACGGCUCCUCCGCAGCCUGCUGAGCCUUCCUCCGCUGCUGCCUCCUCUUCCUCUGCCUUGCCCCCCACCCCUCCCCGCCCGGAGCCGAAGGAGUCGGGAUCGGGAUCAGGAUCAGGCCAAUCCUCUGGCACUGCCAAUGGGGCCAGUUCCACGCCAGCUCCAGAAUGGCAGUAUGACACCCAGUGCUCACUGGCAGGAGUGGGGGAGCUGGAGAUGGGCGACUGGCAGGAGGUGUGGGACGAGAACACCGGCUGCUACUACUACUGGAACACCCAGAGCAACGAGGUGACCUGGGAGCUGCCACAGUACCUGGCCACGCAGGUCCAGGGCCUGCAGCAUUACCAGCACAGCAGCACCGUGACGGGCGCCAACGGCAGCUUCGUGGCGCCGGCCGAGCCGUAUUCCCAGGAGAAGGGGCCCGGCCGUGGGGCCAAGAGGGAGGUGAAGAAGGAGGUGAACGAAGGCGUGCAAGCCCUCUCCAACAACGAGGAGGAGAAGAAAGGGGUGGCUGCAGCUCUGCUGGCCCCGCUCCUGCCCGACGUGGUGAAGGAGGAAGAGGAGCGCUGGAGGAGGAAGGUGAUCUGCAAGGAGGAGGUGGAGCCUCCCCCGGAGGAGGAGGGGAAAGUGGAAGAGGCGCCGGCGGCACCGGCUGCUCCCGAAGAUCCAGAGCCCAGUGGGGAUCCCCUGGAAGAGUCAGAGCUGUGCAGUGUGGUGCAGUCUGGGGAGAGUGCUGAGGAAGAGGAGGAGCAGGACACGCUCGAGCUGGAGAUGGUGCUGGAGAGGAAGAAGGCCGAGCUGCGCGCCCUGGAGGAAGGGGACGGCAGCGUCUCCGGCUCCAGCCCCCUCUCUGACGGCAGCCAAUCGGGGCCGCAGGACGCAGCCCGCAGGCUGGCCUCCAAACGGGGGAAAUGGAAACUCUUUGUGGGAGCUGCCAGCCCCGAAUCCGGCAGUCGAGGUUCCAGCAAAACGGGACGGGAGAGUCCGGAAGCUGGAGAAGGAGCACCGAGCACGGAAGUGGCUGAGGUGAAUUCAGACAAAGAGGCUGAGUCUGAGGAGCCCCAGGAGAAAACAAAACCCCAGGGGGCUCCAAAAGUAGAAGAGGAGGAGCAGGACCUAAAGUUUCAGAUCGGAGAGCUGGCAAACACUCUGACUAAUAAAUUGGAGUUCCUGGGCAUCAACAGACAAUCUAUCUCCAACUUCCACAUGUUGCUGUUGCAGACAGAGACCCGCAUUGCAGACUGGCGAGAAGGGGCUCUCAAUGGAAACUACCUCAAACGCAAACUCCAAGAUGCAGCCGAACAGCUAAAACAAUACGAAAUAAACGCCACCCCUAAAGGCUGGUCCUGCCACUGGGACAGGGAGCAUAGACGCUAUUUCUAUGUUAACGAGCGCUCGGGAGAGUCGCAGUGGGAGUUCCCCGACGGGGAGGACGAAGAGGAAGGAGAGCGAAGCGCCGACAGGAAAACCGACGGUCCUCCUCAGCCACCUCCAAAAGACAAAGGAGAGCGGCCCGGGGACCCCGCCGAGCGCCCCGCAGGCUCCCUUUGUAAAGAAUCCUUCUCAGGCCAAGUUCCUGCUACGUCUCUCAUGCCGCUCACUCCAUUUUGGACUCUGCUUCAGUCCUCCGUCCCGGUCCUCCAACCUCCUUUGCCUUUGGAAAUGCCUCCGCCGCCUCCACCUCCCCCGGAUUCACCGCCCCCGCCGCCCCCCCCGCCGCCCCCCCCGCCUCCCGGAGAAGAUGGAGAGAUCCAGGAAGUGGAGAUGGAAGAUGAGGGGGGCGAGGAGCCGCCCGCCCCGGGAACGGAGGAGGAUGCUCCCCUGAAGCCUCUCCUGCGCCCGGCUGCCGGCAAUGCACAGGCCGCUGUUGAUGCCAGCCCCACCCCUCUGCUCUCUGCCAAACCUCAGAAGAGAAAAGCCGUGGAGAUGACCCCGGGGCUGAUGCAGCGCGCGGCCACCAUCGGCAGCUGCCCCGUCAUCUACAGCCAGCCUCUGAUGGCCGCCGGCAAGUACCAGCCCUCGGCCGUGCCCUUGGCCUCCCUCCGGCCUCGCCAGCGGCUGCAGAACGAGCUCCAGGCCCGCUCCAACCUCCGCAUGGCCCCAGGCCACCCCCAGGCCCCCGCCCUGGGCCUGCAGUCCGGCUACCUGGGCGUGUCAGCACCGGCCGUCAUGGGGUACUCGGAGUGCGGGGCGCCCGCCAGCCUGGCCCCCACUGCCACCCCACAGCCCGCCCCGGCACGGGGACCUCUGCCCACUGCCGAGCAGCCGCCGCCCCCCAAGCCCCCCCCGCCGCCCACCCCUAAGGCGCCGCCUCCUCCCGAGAAGGAGAAGCCGAAGAAGGGGAGGAAGGACAAGGGCAAGAAGGGCAAGACGAAGAUGCCAUCGCUGGUGAAGAAGUGGCAGAGCAUCCAGCGGGAGCUGGAUGAGGAGGAGAAUUCCAGCUCCAGCGAGGAAGAUCGGGAAACUACAGCCCAGCGGCGCAUCGAGGAGUGGAAGCAGCAGCAGCUGAUGAGUGGCAUGGCAGAGAGGAACGCCAACUUCGAGGCGCUGCCGGAGGACUGGCGCGCGCGGCUGAAGCGGAGGAAAACCGCCUCCAGCACGUGAGGCCCUGCUCCUGCCUCUGCUGCUUCUGGCUGUUGGUUCUUUUUUUUUUACAGAUGUACAGUUCCAAACCCCCCACCCUUGACCCUUGUCCAAUAAAUUGUAGCAGUUUGGGA